CGCGCAGUGUAGACGCCGGUGGCUGGUUGUGGUGGUGGAAGUAUUUUUGUGACUGAACAUCAGAAGAGAGGAGGCGGAUGAUCCACCGGCUGGUCUGUGUAGGCUGAAUGGAGGUCUAUCCUCCCGUAAGUGAAAGGAUGAUGGAGGCUUGGCUUGACGACAACCUAGAGUUCGCACAUUCUUAUUUUGUACGAAAGGCUUCUCGGGAAAUGGUCAAUGCUUGGUUUGCUGAGCGUGUCCACUCCAUUCAGCCGUCUAGGGAAGGAUCAAAUGCCCCGACAGAACCUUUAUCGGCCCUCCAUCAAACUGAUGCGCCAUCUCCAAGUCCAGCUCCCUCCACCCCUACACGAAAGAUCUCGGCAUCGGAGUUUGAUAGGCCGCUUCGCCCCAUUGUUGUGAAAGACGCUGAGGGUUCGCUUACUUUUCUCAGUGACACAGAAAGGGUGCAGAUGCCACUUCCUCCACCCCAGCGGCCUGGCUUUGGCAACAAGACAGAUGAGGGUGGAGGUAUUAUGAAUUCAGGAGUUCACGAAUAUGGGGACCGCUGUGCUCGUCUGCUGGAGCUUAUACGUGAUGUUUCAAGUCACUUGGACCUUACUGCCCUCUGCCACAAGAUCUUCUUACACACUCAUGAGUUGAUCGCUGCAGAUCGUUAUUCGUUGUUCUUGGUUGGAGAGGAUAGUUCAAACAGGAAGUUCCUGGUUAGCAGACUUUUUGAUGUCGCAGAAGGAUCCACUCUUGAGGAGGCUUCCAACAGUGGUAUUCGCCUAGAAUGGAACAAAGGAAUUGUGGGAUAUGUGGCAGCCACCGGACAGCCUCUGAACAUCAAGAAUGCAUAUGAGGAUCCACGUUUUAAUGCAGAAGUGGACCAAAUUACAGGAUAUAAGACGCAGAGCAUCUUAUGUUUGCCCAUCAAAAACCACAGAGAAGAAGUUGUUGGAGUAGCGCAAGCAAUCAAUAAAAGGUGUGGAGAGAACAGUGCCUUCACAGAACAGGAUGAGAGGGACUUUUCUUCAUACCUGGCUUUCUCUGGCAUAGUGCUACAUAACGCACAGCUCUAUGAGACAUCACAGCUGGAGAACAGGCGAAACCAGGUGUUGUUGGAUCUGGCUAGCCUGAUCUUUGAGGAGCAGCAGUCUUUGGAGGUCUUACUGAGGAAAACUGUGGCCACUAUCUUGUCUUUCAUGCAGACCCAAGAAUGCACAAUCUUCAUUUCUGACAGGGAAACAGCUAACACAUUCUCCAGUGUGUUUCACAUGGAAUAUGAGGAGCUUGCAGGAUCUGUGGACUCAAACAGAGAAUGUGAUCUCAACAAGAUUAACUAUAUUUAUGCCCAGUAUGUGAAGAACACUAUGGAGCCACUGAACAUUGCAGAUGUCACUAAAGACCAGCGAUUUCCAUGGACAAGUGAAAAUCUACAAUCCUCAAAUGGUCAAAUCAAAAGUCUGCUGUGCAAUCCAAUAAGGAAUGGGAAGAAAGACAAAGUGAUAGGUGUCUGCCAGUUGGUCAAUAAGAUAGAUGAAGCUUCGGGGGAAGUAAAAGCCUUUAAUAGGAAUGAUGAGCAGUUUCUAGAGGCCUUUGCUAUCUUUUGUGGGCUGGGGAUCCAGAACACACAGAUGUAUGAGGCAGUGGAAAGAGCAAUGGCCAAGCAAGAGGUCACACUUGAGGUCCUCUCUUAUCAUGCCUCAGCUGCAGAGGAAGAGACACGAGCGCUCCAGGUAACUGCGGAGGCUACGAUUCCCUCCGCUCAAUCUCUCAGACUGUUGGACUUCAGCUUCAGUGAUUUUGACCUGAAGGAUGCUGAGACGACCCAAGCAACAAUCCGCAUGUUUGUGGACCUCAAGCUUGUGCAGAAUUUUCAGAUGAAGUACAAGAGUUUGUGUCAGUGGAUCUUAAGCGUAAAGAAGAACUACAGGAAGAAUGUGGUCUACCACAACUGGCGACAUGCCUUCAACACCUCCCAGUGCAUGUUUGCUGUGCUGAAGUCUGGGCGGUUUCAGAGUAAUCUGAGUGAUUUGGAGGUUUUAGCUUUAAUGAUUGCAACAUUGAGCCAUGAUUUGGACCAUCGAGGUGUCAACAACUCCUACAUCAAAAGAAGCGACCAUCCACUGGCCCAGCUGUACUGCCACUCCACAAUGGAGCACCAUCAUUUUGACCAGUGUCUUAUGAUUCUCAACAGUCCAGGUAAUCAGAUUCUGAGCGGUCUUUCUCUGGAUGAGUACAAGGCAACACUGAAGAUGAUUGAGAAGGCUAUUUUGGCCACUGACCUGGCUCUCUACAUGAAGAAGAGAACAGAAUUCUUUGAGCUGGCUAAGAACAGUCAGUUUGUAUGGGAGGACGGAUAUCACCGAGAUCUGCUAAGGUCGAUGCUGAUGACAGCAUGUGAUAUCUCUGCUAUUACAAAACCCUGGCCAGUACAGAAGAAGAUAGCAGAACUGGUUGCCACAGAGUUCUUUGAACAAGGUGAUAAGGAGCGGAGAGAGCUAAACAUCGAACCUAUUGAUCUGAUGAACAGGGAGAAGCAGGAUAAAAUUCCCAGCAUGCAAGUGUCUUUCAUUGAUGCCAUUUGUACACAGUUAUAUGAGGCGCUGACGGGUAUCUCCGAGUACUGUUCUCCCCUGCUGGAGGGAUGUAGGAAGAACAGACAGAAUUGGAAGCUGCUGGCUGAGCAAGGAGAGGAAGCUUUGCUGAAUAGAGGACUGUAGCAUUUCCUUUGGCAUGCAGACGUCCUAGGACAACAUUCCCUGCCCAUUUCUCAGAGACUAAAGGAUUAAAAGACCCUGAAGCACACUGAAGCAGUUUUUUUUGUUUGUUGAAAAUGCAAGGUUGGGUUAUAGAAGCAUCAGAAUAAAGUGCAUUUAUGAGCAGUGUAUAGCUGUGCUGUAAUAGAUCUUUAGAUGGAUCUUUACCUGUGCAUGUAAUUCAUCUGAUGAAGAAAUGCUUUAAACUGUGAUUAAAUUAUCUUGACUCGUUAAAGGAAUGUUCCAGGUUCAAUACAAGUUCUGUCCAAAGCAUUUGUGACAUGCUGUUAACAAAGAAAAUCAUUUAAACUCUUCUGUGAAUUUGUAAAAACAAACAAAAAUGAAAUUUACUGUAACACACAUACACACACACAAUAGAAUUUUAAGAGGUAAGAUUCCCAAGUCAUAAGUGUACAAGUUGUAUUUUUGUAAAGUAACUUUGUAAAGUUGUAAAAAGUUAUACAGUUGUCUAAAAAAUAAAUCACUCUUUUAGCUGUGGAACUAAAGUUCUAGACAGAUUCAGUUCUACAUUUCUAGUGUAAUUACUGUAGGUGGAGAUGCUCCAUGCAAAUACUUUGCAGAUAAUUUUAAUAGUUAAUACUCUUUCUGAAAUCUGGUAACCAUAAGCAUGGCUGGAGUUGAGAUAUUUGGUAUAAUAUUACAGAGAUACAUUUAGCUAGCAGUUCUAGCAUGUUAAAUUUAUGUGUACCAUGUAAUGUUUAUCUUUUAGCUAUUCCUUUGAAAAGCAUGUACUGUAUUCUUACAUUUAUACUAGUGCUGUGCCUUUUCUCGCAGAUUUUCUAAUUCUAGUUUUAAUCUUUCUUGUUUUUAUAACAUUUCAAACCUACUUUACAUGGUAAUCAACAGCAAAUUAACUUGGAUUGAGCCAAGAACAUUCCUUAUGUCUGUUAUUUUCUUUUUGUGCAGCUCUCUUGCUGAAUUAGCCUACUGAAAUCCGCACAUAUACAAAAUCUUAUUUUGCUACACGGUCACUUUUCACCGUAUAACCACUUCCCAAGUCACUUUGUGUUACACCAUUAUACAAUGCUAUAGAUUUUUUUCUUCUUUUCACCUACAUUACAUAUAAAGAACUCAAUAGCCUGUAAGAUGUCAACUUAUUUAUUAUCUGCUACACAAAUGUGUUAAAAUCCUUGACAAUUUUGGAGUAUGAUGGAAAUAAGAUGUCUGUAGAAAUCACUGUGUGCCCAUUUGGCAUGUUCAAAAAGAAACCUGUUCUACACCUGA